GACGCGGGCUAAAGAAAACGCAAAUCUAGUGGAAGCACACGUGCUUUUCUGUAGUUAUCUCAGUGUUUACUUAAAAAAAAAUAAUCACAGCCACUGUUGAAAUCAAGUUACCUACAUAGUUACGAAUUAAACAACAUCCUGCGUUUAUGUUUUUCCCGAGGUGCCGCAGCUCUUGAGUGUACGGUAAUUACGGUACUGAGCAUGCGCAUUGUUCUCAGGCAUCAUUAAGCAGUGCUGAAGGAGGCGACGGAAAACAGUAACAGGGAGAGAGAGGGCAGAAGUUGGAUGGUGCCUUCCUUUGUCACGGCGCCUCUGUGCUGUUAAACACCGGGCAAGCUAAUCCGCGAUCCGUGAAAGCAUAUCGCCUGUCGCCAUUUCACGGCUGAGUUACUCCUCCAGAUUUCAUCUAACAAACGGUCCGAACCUGCCGUCAAGAUGAUGGAGGAGUCAGUGUCCACGUUUGAGACGCAUCUGACGGCUGUCAUGGACAGUCUGAUCCGAGCGUCAGUCUGUGAGAUCACCAAACUCUUCCAAGAGACGGUGAACGACUACCUGGUGGAGCUGUCCCUCAACAAGCGGGAGAACGAGGCUCUCAAACUGCGGCUGAGGCUCACCGAGAACAAGCUGAGGACCGAGCGCAAGUACGGGAUGGGCUGGGCUGCCCAUCGCCGCAACGCCGGACUGUCGGCGGCAGAGGAAGGAGCCGGAGGGCGGCAGAAACGAAAAGUUGAAGUGGCCCGAGGCAAGUCAAAGAAGGGCCCGGCAGCAGCCUAUGGCAAAGGCUGGCCUGGAGGUGUGUGGGAAGAAGGAGGAGGUGGCGGCGAUGGUGGUGUUAGGGGAGGAGGAGGAGGAGGAGGAAGUGGAGGAGCUGUGGGGAUGGUAGCAGGAGGAAGAGGGGGGAAGGAGGCCAGGGAGAUGUACCUCAUCCAGUUCCCCGGGGAUGAAGAGGAUGAGGGAGGGAUGGUGGAGGACGAGGAAGGGGAAGGCAGCCUCAGCGUUGAGGGGGAGGAGACGGCCAACAUCAAAGAGGAGUUCGUUCAAACAGAAGGCUAUCAACCUGCCUCUCUCAGGCUAAUUAAGGAGGCUUUGAAGAUGGACCCACCCAACAAGAAUGUCCACACUGGCUCCAGAUCCCAGAAUGAAGGAGAUUUGUCAGAUCAUCCUGCGACCCUUCAUUCAGGAGAAAGAGAGGAGGAGGAGGAGGAGGAUUGGGAGGUAGAUUCAGCAGAGCCAUUGGAAGGGGGCAUGACCAUGGAUGAACUGAGGGGUCUGGAGUCAGCACUAAGGGCUGAGAGAGGCCGCGAGCAGGUUACCAUGACGGCCUCUCAGCCUGUCAGCCCUGACUCUAAGAAAGUGCAAGGCAGCGAGAUCAGCCUGCCCCCUAAGUACAUUGGUCUUGAUGGAAUGGAGCAGGAUGGAGAGUUGGAGCCUCAGCCACCCACCCUCCAGAGAGAGGAGCAGAUAGGGCAAGGCAGGUCGAAGGAUGCUGUUAGGGCUGGGGUGGAGUUAAGGUUAGGCUGGCCAAAGAAAUUGAGAGAGGGUGACUCGACAGCAGUCAUGACUGGAGAGGAUGUGGUAGAGCUGGGAAAGUCAGAGCACCUGCCCCACCUGUCUGCUCCAGGGAGUGUUGGAGAGAGUGGAGGAGAAGAGGAAGGUGGUGGGGACCUGCUCCACUUCUGCCCACAGUGUGGAGGAGGCUUCACCUCAGACACUGAGCUGGAGGAGCACCCUUGUCCACUAGGUGGCUCUCAGUUACAGAGCAGUGGAGCAGAGGACAGUCUCUUCCCCUGUGCCCACUGUGGCAACACGUUCAGCCAUGCAUGGGCACUUAAGAACCACGAGUGCGCCUGUGCCGCCGAGCGGCCGCACUGCUGCGAAAUCUGUGGGAAACGCUUCACGCACUCUCGCUCACUGGAACGGCAUCAUCUGGUGCACACAGGCGAGAGGCCACACCGGUGCCCUCAGUGUGGACGCACCUUUAGUCGUCUAGGAAAUUUGGAACGUCACCAGCGGAUUCACACGGGCGAACGUCCAUACGGGUGUGAAGCGUGUGGAAAACGAUUCAGUCGUGUGGAGUACUUAAAGAGACACCAGCUCAUACACAACAGUGAAAAGGCAACACUCCAGUGCUCCAGCUGUGGAGGUGGCUUUAGUGAUGUGGAACAACUGAAAAACCACCAGUGUUUUUAGAGCCUCUCCUUCGAAUCUCUGAUACAACUGGAAAGAAAAAUCAGGAUUUUGAUGAACGUGGUAGAAUUUAGGCGAUGAAUGUGACUGGUAGAUGGUAAUUUUAUUCUCAGUGAUAUGGGGUUGCCUCUUGUUACACGCUAGUGGAUAAGUUAAUAAAGAAGGAAAAUGUCCAGGGCUGACAGCAAGUUAGGUGUACAUGCCGUUUUUCUACAGGACGAGAAGGAAAAUCAAUCUCAACUAUUCAGCCAUUUUAAUUUUACGUGUUCUCAUUUGUAUGUACAAAGCUUCUACUUAUUUAUGAUGAUCAAUACAUUGUACUUUUUUGUCUUUUAAUCAGUAAUUCAAAGUAAAAGUUGAUGCCCUUGUUUGUUUCUGACAAUAAAACUGACAUUUUGGUAUUUUGUAAGUUUGUGUUUUGGUCAUAUCAUGAAGAAAUAAAUAUUUCAAUU